AAAAAUUAAAGAAACAUAUCCGAGGGGUUGAAACUCAUCAAAAGUGGCGUUUAAUUUAUUUUCUGUGAAAUAAAUAAAUCCCCUCUAUAUCCCCUUCUCUCCAAAUCUACCCUCCUCUUUGAACCCCAAUUCUUGAAAUUCAAGAAAAUGUCAUGAAAGCUUGAAAAUUUUCAAGAUUUAGAGAGGUGGGUCAUCAAGAUUUGUGUAAAUACAGAUGGAUAUUGAUAACAUAGAGUGUGUUUCAUCUUCAGAUGGUGUUGAAGAUGAUGAGAUCCAUUCUUCUGUUGCUGCUCAUAAUCAUCAUCAUCGUAAAUAUCCAUUAAAACCUCAAAAUAUUAGUAAUAAUAUUGCUGGGUUAGUACAAGGAAUUGUUCCAGCCACAAGUGUUCAUGAGUUGUUGGAAUGUCCUGUUUGUACUAAUUCUAUGUACCCUCCUAUUCAUCAGUGUCACAAUGGUCACACUUUGUGUUCAACUUGUAAAGUGCAAGUACAUAAUCGAUGUCCUACUUGUAGACAAGAAUUGGGAGAUAUUAGGUGCCUGGCAUUGGAGAAGGUGGCAGAAUCUCUUGAACUUCCAUGCAAGUAUUACACACUGGGAUGUCCAGAGAUAUUUCCGUAUUACAGCAAACUUAAACAUGAGGAACUUUGCAAUUUUAGACCAUACAGCUGCCCGUAUGCUGGAUCAGACUGUGCUGUUAAUGGUGAUGUUCCUUUUCUGGUUUCACAUCUCCGAGAUGACCACAAAGUGGACAUGCACACUGGAUCUACAUUCAACCAUCGAUAUGUAAAAUCAAAUCCCCGUGAAGUUACUAAUGCCACUUGGAUGUUAACAGUCUUCCAUUGUUUUGGUCAAUAUUUUUGCCUACACUUUGAAGCCUUUCAACUUGGAGUAGCACCUGUAUACAUGGCAUUUCUUCGAUUCAUGGGUGAUGAGGCUGAUGCUCGUAAUUACAGUUACAGCUUAGAGGUAGGAGGGAAUGGUAGAAAACUGAUAUGGGAGGGUACUCCACGUAGCAUUCGUGAUAGUCACAGAAAGGUAAGGGACAGCCAUGACGGGCUAAUCAUCCAAAGGAACAUGGCACUAUUCUUCUCCGGUGGAGAGAGGAAGGAGCUGAAGCUUAGAGUUACAGGAAGAAUAUGGAAAGAAGAACAGAAUUCAGAGGCUGGAGUGUGCAUACCAAAUCUUUGUACCUGAAAGUAGUUCUUCAUUUUAUUUGAAUUUUGUUUGUGAUGCUGCUUGUCGUGAUCUUGUAAAAAAUGUCCUUUUCCCUGUGACUGGAAAGCAAAACAAAAGGUUGAAGUACACACUGGAAGAUCAAGUUCCUUUCAGUAUUA